UCUGUCUUCAAGUACUGGGAGGAAACGCUGCAGAAAAAUCGUGAUGCCGAUGAGAAAAAACCCAACGUGGCCCCUCAUGAUGAACCUACUCUCUAUUCAAUGGCCAACGUCAAGCAAGAAGACGUCUUCGAACCUAAAGUAAAAAUAAAAGAAGAGCCAGAUUUCUUUCAGAAAACUUCAGUCAAGAAGGAACCUUGCCAAGAUUCUACUAAUUGCCAAACUAGACAGGACUCAAAACUGCCAUCUUCGGGGCCAUCUUCUUCAGUGGCAUGUUCAUCAAGACGAUUAAACGUUCAAGAUAACAAUAACGAAAGUACAGCAAGUGUUAUGUCUGACGAAUUCGGUCAGGAUUUUUGUGAGUGGUUUUACACAAUGAUUAACAGGCUACAGCCUUGCUGUGCAAACCAGCCUGGCGACACUCUGAGACCAGAGGUUUUUUGCGGGAACUGCUCGGUAGAAAUGUACCUCGUCGACGGUGGUAAUGUAGAACAAUGUCGCGCCAGUGGUAGCGUUGAGACUGAAAGGACUAUAAGGGAGUUACUAAAAAGACUUGGACUUAUGUUCAUGCCUAACACAAAAGGAGGUAUGCAAGUAAGACGAAGUUCUCAUGGUAUGAUCCAGCUUUUCUGCUGCGGCACAAUACACUACAACGAUUCUUUUGUCGGCAUUUUUGAGCAGGAGUUCGGUCUAGUCGCGAGUCCUGUCGACAAAUCUUGGAAAAUUUCAUACACCAAAGUUAAUUUGAAGAAACUCCUUGAAGCCUACACGCCCUCCUUGCCUACUGUGGAAAUAUUUGCUAUCGAAUUCUAAGUUUCUCCAAAGUUUAGGUAAAGUGUGGCGUAGUCAAGCUGAUUUGACUUGUGAUAGCAGGAAGUAUAUUUGUAUUCUUAAUAUUUAUUUCGGUCCUCUUGUGUAUUUUUCAAUUUGUAUCAGUAGCAGUGGCGCGCUUAGUAACGUUCGACUUUUGUUCAUGAAAGUCUCCGAUUUUUUGACGCGCGACUCCACUUAAACAUUCCCACUUAUUAUUACUUUAACAAUUAGGAUCUUUUGGUUACAUUUCUGUGUAGAACAAAUAGAUUUAUGCUGUAAUCUUUAUACAUCUCGAAGUUGUUUGUCGAAUUCUAUUAUCGUUAUGUGUAAUCAUAAAACAGUAUCCCA